GUUUAUAGGUACGUACAUUACACCCCUAUUUCUACAAAGCUUGGCUAUUAGACCAUUAUGAACGUUAAUGACCUCAAACUCACAUUGUCCAAAGCUGGGCAAGAGCACCUACUACAUUUCUGGAAUGAGCUUGAAGAAGCCCAACAGGUAGAACUUUACGCAGAGCUCCAGGCCAUGAAUUUUGAGGAGCUGAACUUAUUUUUCCAAAAGGCCAUUGAAGGAUUUAACCAGUCUUCUCACCAAAAGAAUGUGGAUGCACGAAUGGAGCCUGUGCCUCGAGAGGUAUUGGGCAGUGCUACAAGGGAUCAAGAUCAGCUCCAGGCCUGGGAAAGUGAAGGACUUUUCCAGAUUUCUCAGAAUAAAGUAGCAGUUCUUCUUCUAGCUGGUGGGCAGGGGACAAGACUCGGCGUUGCAUAUCCUAAGGGGAUGUAUGAUGUUGGUUUGCCAUCCUGUAAGACACUUUUUCAGAUUCAAGCAGAGCGUAUCCUGAAGCUACAACAGGUUGCUGAAAAAUAUUAUGGCAACAAAUGCAUUAUUCCAUGGCUAUUUUGUUUUCCAGAUGGGAAUGGUGGUCUUUAUCGGGCACUUGCAGCCCAGAAUAUUGUGGAGGAUAUGGAGCAAAGGGGCAUUUGGAGCAUUCAUGUCUAUUGUGUUGACAACAUAUUAGUAAAAGUGGCAGACCCACGGUUCAUUGGAUUUUGCAUUCAGAAAGGAGCAGACUGUGGAGCAAAGGUGGUGGAAAAAACGAACCCUACAGAACCAGUUGGAGUGGUUUGCCGAGUGGAUGGAGUUUACCAGGUGGUAGAAUAUAGUGAGAUUUCCCUGGCAACAGCUCAAAAACGAAGCUCAGAUGGACGACUGCUGUUCAAUGCGGGGAACAUUGCCAACCAUUUCUUCACUGUACCAUUUCUGAGAGAUGUUGUCAAUGUUUAUGAACCUCAGUUGCAGCACCAUGUGGCUCAGAAGAAGAUACCUUAUGUGGAUACCCAAGGACAUUUAGUUAAGCCAGACAAACCCAAUGGAAUAAAGAUGGAAAAAUUUGUCUUUGACAUCUUCCAGUUUGCAAAGAAGUUUGUGGUGUAUGAAGUAUUACGGGAAGAUGAGUUUUCCCCACUAAAGAAUGCUGACAGUCAGAAUGGGAAAGACAACCCUACUACUGCAAGGCAUGCUUUGAUGUCCCUUCAUCAUUGCUGGGUCCUUAAUGCAGGGGGCCACUUCAUAGAUGAAAAUGGCUCUCGCCUUCCAGCAAUUCCCCGCAGUGCUACAAAUGGGAAGUCAGAGACCAUCACAGCUGAUGUCAAUCACAACUUGAAGGAUGCCAAUGAUGUACCAAUCCAGUGUGAAAUCUCUCCUCUUAUCUCCUAUGCUGGAGAAGGAUUAGAAAGUUAUGUGGCAGAUAAAGAAUUCCAUGCACCUCUAAUCAUCGAUGAGAAUGGAGUUCAUGAGCUGGUGAAAAAUGGUAUUUGAACCAGAUACCAAGUUUUGUUUGCCACAAUAGGAAUAGCUUUUAUUUUUGAUAGACCAACUGUGAACCUACAAGACCUCUUGGACAACCGAAGUUUAAAUAUCCACAGGGUUUUAUUUUGCUCGUUGAACUCUUACAGCUAUUGCACACUUCCCAGGAUCCAGAUGACUCAACUGCAGAUAGCAUUUUUAUGAUUCCCAACUCAUUGAAGGUCUUAUUUAUAUAAUUUUUUUCCAAGCCAAGGAGACUAUUGGCCAUCCAGGAAAUUUUGUACAGCUGAAAUAUAGGCAGGAUGUUCAACAUCAGUUUACUUGGAGCUGGAAGCAUUUGUUUUUGAAGUUGUACAUAGUAAUAAUAUGUCAUUGUACAUGUUGAAAGAUUUCUAUGGUACUAAAAGUUUGUUUUAUUUUAUCAAACAUCAAGCUUUUUUAAGAAAAUAAUUGGGCGGUAAAAUAAAUGUGUCUUCUUGUCCCUGGA